AUGCGCCUUUCGAUGCGCCUGCUUCUGCUCGGCGUGCUUGCAGGGCUAGUAGCUGCUGAAGGCCCCACCCUCAUCGAGGGCGACGCCCUCGGCUCGGACUCGGUCGUGCACGCCAGCAUCGACGGGCACUCGACGGAAGCGGCGCGCUCGGCGCCGCCUGGCUUUGAGACGGCUGGGGGCACCUCCCAGCGCCAAGCGGGCGGCGCCAGCCGCAACAUGCUGGGCGUCCCGACCGACGUCCAGCGCAAGAUCGACAACCGCGGCAGCCUCGGCGGGCCGCGCAAGACGUGUUCCGCCUUUGACGGCUGCCGCGGCGGCGGCGACUAUGCGGAGAAGAUGGUGAGUGUCGAACUCGCCGGCGCCGGCGCGGCAGGAUCGAGCGCACAUCACGCGCCGAGCGCCUCUGCGUCGCUUGGCGAGGACGCGUGCGCGGAGGCGGCCAAGAGUGAGAAGUGCGUCAUGAACGAGUGCGCGUGCGCGACCAGCGAGUCCUGGGACGCCUCAGGCACCUGCGGUGCCGACGGCGGCGAGACAUUGGGGCAGUCACGGCCGACAAUCGAGAUCGCGCAGGGCGAGAAGCUGCACCAGACCGGCGCGCGGGACGCCUCAGGCACCUGCGGUGCCGACGGCGGCGAGACAUUGGGGCAGUCACGGCCGACAAUCGAGAUCGCGCAGGGCGAGAAGCUGCACCAGACCGGCGCGCGCGGCUUCGUGCGCGCCAUCGUCGACAAGAUCAGCACUUUAGUGACGGUGACGCAGCAGGGCCCGCUACGCUCGGAGCGCAUGGCUUGCGCGGACCUGUCGCAGGAGAACGCGGCGGAGGACGCCGUCCUGAUGGUGGCCGUGCUGCCCUUCGCCCACGAGCGCGGCGCGACGGCGGCCGCAACCACCAGCGGCCCCAGGGCCUUCGCGGGCGACACGGAUCACGGCCGGUUCGACCUCAGUCAGUGGCUCAGCGGAGGCCGCGGCGCCCUGCUGAGCAUUCGCUGCGGCACGUGGGUCUCGUUUGCAACGCUGAGCGUUUGUGCCGGCAUGUGCGUUGUGCUCAUGUGGCGGCGGCGCACGUUGGCCGCAUUACAACGCAGGUGGGCUUGGCUUCAUGUUAACAACUUUGACGAAGUCAAGGGGACAGCGCAGCUCAGCCUCUUCUCUCGAAUGAAGUACGGGCAUACCCCGUCGAUCAAGCAGUGGGUUGACGUCCUCGAACAGCGCCUGUCAGCGCUGGCUCCUGCCGGAGCUCGUAUUUGCAUCGCGGGCUCUUCGUGCGGCCUCGUUCCCAAUUGCGCAAACCUGGUGGUAGACGAGCUCGUGCGCCGCACCGGUGGGCGCUACCGGCGUGUGCACGUCAGCGUGAGCUUGCCCAAAGAUCAGUCUCUCCGCAGCCUCAACUAUUGCAAUCUGAGCAUGGCGGAGCGGGAGGCUGAGAUGGCGACUCGAUCGGUGCGCGUGCUGGAGCCGGAAGUCCUCGGAGAGAGCGAUGCAGUGCUUGUCGUCGACGACAUAAUCUCGACGGGGCUGCAUGAGCAGCAGCUCCGAGAGGCCCUCUCCAAGCACAUCGACGAGCGACGACUCGGCUUCUGGUACUUCAUCGCCCUCUCCCCGGAGAGCGACCCGAAGACUGAGUACGCGCUGGCGCACGCGCUCUACCCGGACGCGACCAAGCUGUGUUGCGACAUCGCCGCCAGCCCCGACGGCGCGCACCAGAUCACAAAGCGCAUGCUCACCUUCCUGCUGACCGGCGACUUGCCUCCAGACUUUGCGCACCUCAGCGCGCUGCCCGCCGGGUUCAUCCGGCGGCUCCUCGACACGCUCGACUCGUCUGGCCUCCGCCACCUCCCGAGCUACCAGGCGGGUUGCUGCGCGUUGGCAGAGCUCCAUCAGCGCGCGUCGGUGGCCACGCGGCGGCUUGUGGCGCGGGCGCCGGUGCCCGACGUCAACGCGUGCAUGGACAGGGUGGAGCUGCGUGCAGGCGAGAAGCUCGUCUGGCACUUCCGACACGGAGAGUCGGCGGCGAAUGCCGCCGGUCAGGUCGCCUCGGAGGCGGACGGGGAUCGCGGCGACGGGCUGUGCACCGAGCGACAGCGGCACGAGGCCGACGCGGACUAUGCAGACGCGCGGCUCACGGCCACGGGCAUCGCGCAGGCGCAGGCGCGUCGCGCCGAUCUGGGCGUCUGGCGCAGGCGACCGUCCCUCAUCGUGUCGUCGCCACUGACCCGCGCUCUGCAGACCGCCGCGUAUAUCUUCGCGGACGACCUCGCGGCGGGUGUCCCGCUCGUCGUCCGCCCCGAGCUGCGCGAGUUUUUCCCAAACCUGGCGCAGGACGCUGGGAGGCCGCUGGCCGCGCUGCGCUCUGACCCCGCGAUCCGCGCCCUGCCCAAUGCGAGCGUGGUCCUAUCGGCCUUGUCGAACGAGGCGUGCGCGCAGUGGCGCCACGAGUGGGAUGAGUGGCAGGCAAACGGCAGCGCCACCGGCGCGCGCGCGCGUAGCUGGCAGGCCCACUGCGCCGACGGCGGCCGCAUCGCCGACUUCAAGGCGUGGCUGCACGGCCAGGGCCACACCUUUGUGGCGACCGUAUCCCACUACGGCACCGUCAACGCCCUCGUCAACCACGAGCCGUGCGUCGAGGCUAGCGGGCAGCCGCGCCGCCCGGCAGAGGAGGUUGGGGGCCGGAAUGCCUUCGCAUGGAGGCUUGGCGUGCUCCCGCCAGAGGGCGGCAUGAAGAUCAGCAUGCCCAACUGCGGCCAUCUCGCUCUCGUGUAUAGCGAGGAAGACUCGGAAGCAGACUAG